AUGGCCUCCUCUUUCGUGAUCAGAACCCCUUGCUCCUCCGCCAACAUCGGCCCCGGCUUCGACGUGAUCGGCCUGGCCUUGUCCCUCCAUCUCGACAUCCACGUCACCGUCGACCCCUCCAAGGGCUCCUCCACACUCCCGCUCAACUGCGCUAUCACCUACGAGGACCAGAGCAAGUCCACUGAGAAGAUUAGCCUCGACCCCGAAGUCAACCUCAUCACCCGUGUCGCCCUCUAUGUCCUCCGCUGCCAUGACCAGCGCGCUUUCCCCGUCGAGACCUCCGUGCACAUCGUCAACCCUAUCCCGCUGGGUCGGGGUCUGGGAUCGUCGGGCACGGCCGUCGUCGCCGGUGUAAUGCUGGCGAACGAGGUCGGUAAGCUGGGUUUGAGCAAGGACCGCCUGCUCGAUUACUGUUUGAUGAUUGAGCGACACCCCGAUAACGUUGCUGCAUCCCUGUUCGGUGGCUUCGUUGGCACGUACCUGAACGAGCUGAAGCCCGAGGACGUUGCGCGCAAAGAGAUCCCUCUCAGUGAGGUCCUGCCCGCGCCCGCUGGAGGUAUCGAUACCGGUGUCAAGCCCCCAGAGCCCCCAUUGGGAAUUGGUCACUACCGCAAGUUCGACUGGGCCCCGGAGAUCAAGGCCAUUGCAAUUAUCCCGGACUUUGUGGUGCCGACUGCCAAUGCCCGCAACGUGCUUCCCCAAACCUACACCCGGGCCGACGUGGUCUUCAACCUCCAACGCGCUGCCCUCCUACCCGCUGCCCUGGGUAGCUCUCCACCAGACCCGGACAUGAUCUACCUCGCCAUGCAGGACAAGGUGCACCAGCCAUACCGCAAGACCCUCAUCCCAGGUCUGACCGAAAUCCUGCAAUCAAUGAGCCCGGCCACCCAGCCCGGUCUUCUGGGUAUCUGCCUGUCCGGCGCUGGCCCUACCAUCCUGGCCUUGGCCACGGAUCGCUUCACCGAGAUUGCUGACCGCAUCAUCGCCCACUUUGCCACUAACAACAUCACUUGCCAGUGGAAGCUGCUCGAGCCUGCCCAGGACGGUGCCACCGUCUCUCCGAAAUAG